UAUAACAUUAACUGGUCUCAUUUAUUUAACGAAUAUUUGGAACCACGGUAUACGGUAUCGGGAAUAGAUACACGUUAUGUUCGCCAAUCAAAAAGCGAACAAGUUUUAUUCAAAUCGACAUUUACAAAUAGCACCGAACGACCGCAAGAGUAUACUUUCAAAACAGAACGUUGUACACGCAGUACUGCAACGAUUUCAAUUGAAGGAGGAGUAUGUCGUGGUAUGGAAAUGCAAUUGAAAUUGAAAACACCGCGUGAAAUUGUGGAAGCAAAUGCUGGCUUUCAUAAUGAACUUAGCAUUGUAAGCAUUGGUGAGAAUACGGUAGAAGAAGAAUUGAUUUGG